AUGGCGCUAUUCAACGUCUUCCUAUCUCUCGCCGUCUUGAUGGCACAGCUGCUUCUAGCUGCUGCCCAGGAUCGGCCCAAUACUACUACACCCUGUGACUUCUACACCAACAAAACUGUGGGCGAGAACACGGCUGACAACGAGCGUAUCCUGAUGGCCCUCGUCCUGCACUCGGCCCUGCUGGGUCCCUUCUCCAAGUACAACACCAUUUCCGUCGCUGGCUUCACCGGUGCUCUCACACCCACCACCUAUGCAGGUGAGGACGUCGACCUCAACGGCUACUUUGACGGCGCCUUUGCCUCCGCCAAUACAGGCGGAUCCUCGGGUGCCGCCGUUAACUUCCUCGACGAUGGUGGCCUCGAGGCUGCCCGCAACCUGAAGCCCGGAAACGGCAACACCACAUCUGCGCAGUACAUAUUUUUCACACACGUGUACUCCUACUUCGCCGCCUUCCUUGGCUGCUCGCACAUUGGCUCCGCAACGUUGCCCAACUAUGCCGGCAAGGCAUCCAUGUACGAAGUGCACAAGUUCAUGGACCUCAAUGCCGGCGAAAUGGGCUUCUUCGUCGACCAGGCUGUUCGCGGCCUGCUCUCCAUCGGCUUCAGCGAUCCCGAUGCCCAGUUCGUCAACAGCACUCUCACCGACAAGUUCAACCUGCGCUGCGCCCCGGCAGAGGCAAUUAUUCCACCUAGCGCUGGCGCCCAACUGCAGGCCAUCUGCAUCGCUCCCGACUGCCUGCUGUCGCCCAACGACACCUGCUUGGCCUACGACACCGCUGUAGCCCCAACCGUCGCUAACGCUACUCUUCUCGGCAAUUAUACCAAGGACGCCAACGGCACCACCGUUUUCAACGCCUCCGAGACCAGCACCAGCACCUCUUUGCCGUCCUCCACUGUCGUCAGCGCCGCCUCCAGCCUCUGGCGCAAGACCACCGCCUCUGACCUGCUUGGCCAGGGCUUGGCCAUCAUCGCUUCACUCGUGCUGGCUACUCUGCUGGCUUAG